AUGUCGACGCAGAAUCGUCGCUCGUCAUUUUCCUCUUCAACGGCGUCGUCUUUGGCGAAACGACAAUCGUCCGUCGUGCCGUCGGGGAAGCCUGCGACGAGAGCGCCGCUCGCCAAUGUUACCAACCAGAGGAACGCGUCUUCCUCUUCUCUGGUGUCAAGUUCAAGUAAAGCUGCCAAGACCAAGAAAGAGGCCCCCGCAAGAAGCAGGAGCAUCACAAGAUCAACAAUUUCUGGGAACAAAUUACCUGAGUUAAAGACUACUAACUCAAGCACAACUGUUAUUCCUAGGGCUAAUUCUUUGUCACAAAGGAAGGAUGCUGCUCCCACAGUUGCCAAAGUCUCUGUGCCAGUUCAGAGUAGCAUUGACGUGUCUCCUAGUAAAUCAGAUGCGAGGUCCGUUUCUAUGGAUGAGACAUUGUCUUCUUGUUAUUCUAUCAAGAGUCCUGAUGAAGUUGAAUAUCUGGACAACAGGGAUGUCGCAGCUGUUGAUUCAAUUCAGAGAAAGACUAGCAAUUUGAUCAUUUCUGACACCACAAAGGCAGAAGGUAAGAUAUCUACUGGGGAAAUAAUUGUUGAGCAGGAUAGAGGGGACAAGGUUGUCAAUAUUGAUAACAUUUACUCUGAUCCGCAGCUUUGUGCAACCUAUGCUUAUGAUAUCUACAAGCACCUACGUGAAUCUGAGGAAAAGAAAAGGCCUUCCACUGACUUCAUGGAGAGAAUUCAGAACGACAUAAAUGUUAGCAUGCGCGCAAUAUUGAUUGACUGGCUUGUUGAGGUGUCUGAGGAGUAUCGCCUUGUACCUGAAACAUUGUAUUUGACAGUGAACUACAUUGAUCGGUAUCUUUCAGGGAAUGUUAUGAAUAGACAAAGAUUACAAUUACUCGGUGUUUCCUGCAUGAUGAUUGCCUCUAAAUAUGAGGAGAUUUGUGCACCACAGGUGGAGGAAUUUUGCUAUAUAACUGAUAAUACGUACUUAAAAGAAGAGCUCUUACGAAUGGAAUCUGCUAUUUUGAAAUAUCUUAAGUUCGAAAUGACAGCCCCAACAAUUAAAUGUUUCUUAAGACGAUUUGUUCGAGCAGCUGCUUAUGAUGUCCAGGAGCUACCUUCACUUCAGCUGGAGUGCCUAACCAACUAUAUUGCGGAAUUGUCUCUCUUGGAGUACAGCAUGUUGUGUUAUCCUCCAUCACUGAUAGCUGCUUCAGCAGUUUUCCUUGCCAUAUUCAUACUUUUCCCUUCAAAGAAACCAUGGAAUUCCAUAUUGCAGCAUUACGCACUCUACCGGGCUUCUGAUUUGUGUGCUUGUGUGAAAGAUCUUCAUCGCCUUUGUUGCAGCAGCAGCAGCGAUACUUCUAAUUUACCUGCUAUCCGAGAGAAAUACAGUCAGCAUAAGGUAAUUUACCUUAGCAAAAACAUAAUUUCUAUGACUUGUUUACCCUUUUAA